AUGUCAUUUCUCAACACGAAUCGUUUUCAUUGGCUAUGUUUCGUAUUAUGGCAAUUUGCUUUAUUCUUUUGUUGUCAGCAAAUUUUUUCGAUUUUCUACAACUUCAAUCCCUCCUUAUCCUGCCAAGACCCUAAUUUCCACUUCUCAAAGCCCAAAUGUAAACUUUCAAAGGUUGAAAUAUGCUCAGAACUAAUUGCAAAUUGCUCGAAAUGGCUUAUCGAACCAGCCCCGUUUCGUUCAAUGGUUCAAGACUUCAAAAUGUAUUGUGGAUCGGCUGCUUAUGAUUCUGCAUGGGUCGCCACUAUUCAAUUUAUUGGAGCACUAGUCGGAGCAGUGAUUUAUGGACAUUUGGGAGACUAUUUUGGAAGAAAACCUGUCUCUUUUAUUGGAAUUUCCAUUGGAAUUGUGUUCGGAGUGGCGGCAGGUAGGCAA